CACCAAACAGAAUUGCCUCCCAAAUUUCCCUGUGCUCCUUUGUAGUCAGACCCUCCCUUCUCCCCUAGGCUCUGGAGCCACUGAUGUGAUUUCUCUCCUAAUAAUUUGCCUUUGCCAGAAUCGCAUAUAAAUGGGAUUGCACAGUUGUCAUGGUUUGAGAAUCUUUCUUAACUCAGCACAGGGCAUUUCAGAUUCCUCCAUGUCAUUUUGUAUACCCAUAGUUCCUAUCUUCUCAGAGCUGAGUACCCAUGACUUUUUAUCUGUAUCUCUAUGGGGGCCUCUUCCACUGUAUCUGGAUAUGUGAUAUUUUUCCAUCUGUCUCCUUGAUGGGUAGCCAGGUUCCUCCAUGGCUGGAAUGUGUUUUGUGUGCCUCUGUAUCCCCAGCCUGCACAUAGUAGGCACUUGAUGGAAUGUGCUGGAGCAGCUGCGUGUUGAUCAUGGAGGUCCUUAUCCUCUCUGGCUCUCUCUAGGGUCCCAGCUGGUCCCUGCUCAGGCCCUGUGUUCAGCAGGUGACCUGGAGAGACACCCAGGGAUAGGCAGGCAGGCUUCUCAUAAAGCACUCCUACCCUCAGUUUGGUGUCCCUGAUGGGUGGGUGCCAACAUUUGUUGGGAGGUUCAGGGGGUUGUCUGUGGAUCCCCUGAAGCUCUUGUCUCUGGCACUCAUGAAUUCCUAGGACUGCAGUACAGGCAUGUGUCUGACUGCUUCCUUCCUCCAAAGCCAGAGAAGCCCUCUUUGGGCCUUGUUUGCACUGAGUCACAGCUACCCUGGCUAGUUAGUUAAAAAUAGGUUCUCAUUAUCUCUGCCCUGUGAUAGGCCCUUCUCUCCUCGGACAGAGGCAGGAAUCCUUAUGUAAAUAUUUGGAGGAGCUUGUGCCUGGGUUGAUUUUCAUGCCAGGAUCUGCUUGCCUGGACUCCUGGAGCUGUGAGGGUAAGGUGGCAGUGGGAGAAAGGUGGCAUAUGUUAGAACACUUAGGGUGUUCACAUUACUUGGAAGACCCUGGACUUCAUGGUGGUACCUCAAGCCAGUGGAAGUGGUUGGUCAUUUGCAGUAGUGACAAUGCCUUAGUCUUAAAAAGUCAGUAUUGGAAAAACCAUCAGAUUCGAAAUCAGACUGACCACAAUUCAAACCUGUGAUUGCUCGUCUUACUCGCCUGUGGCCUUAAAGAAGUUACAUGACUCCUCUGAGCAUCAGUUUCUCCUUUGUAAACAGGGACGAUGUUAUCUACUCCACCAGAGUGAUUUUAAGAAUUAAAAGCGAUCAUGUGUGUAAAGCACGUAACAGCCCUACACACAGUAGGCCCUCAUUUAGUACUGGCUGCCGCCACAGCCAUCUCUAGUCUUGCUGUCUACUUGGCCAGCAAACACUACAACUUUGCACUGGAUAACUAAGGGAAGAAUUAAAGGUUCUGAAAGGAUGUAGAAAUGUCCAGAUGUCUUUCCAGACCUCUUUCCAACGUGCUUACAUCGCUUUAACUUCUGUUGGCCUUCAGCCCUACAGUUAAACCACUUCAACAGCUGCCCAAGUAGGGCUGAUAACUCAGGAGUCACCAGCUGGGAGAGGACUGUAACUGAGCUUAAAAAUAGAGCUGCGUCCUUUGCCUGGUAUGGGGGCUGUGCAGGCCUCUGGAGAAAAGGCCAGGCAGCAUCUGCAUACCCAGGCUGAGCUGGACUCUGGGGAGCUGGAGGCUGCAAACCUCCCAGGACCCUGCCAGGCAAGCCUGAAUCCUUGGUCCAGAAGCCCUGAGGGUGCCACCAUGGAGUCUAACCACUGCUGAGCAGACAGCCACAGGAGGGCCGAAGUUCUGAGCCUUCCUCUGGACCCAGGCAGGAGACACACAGCCAAGAAAGGCAAACUCACCAUGGCUUCCACCAAUGCAGAGAGCCAGCUCCAAAGAAUCAUCCGAGACUUGCAAGAUGCUGUGACAGAACUAAGCAAAGAAUUUCAGGAAGCAGGGGAACCCAUCACGGAUGAUAGCACGAGCUUGCAUAAAUUUUCUUAUAAACUUGAGUAUCUUCUGCAAUUUGAUCAGAAAGAGAAGGCCACCCUCCUGGGCAACAAAAAGGACUACUGGGAUUACUUCUGUGCCUGCCUGGCCAAGGUGAAAGGAGCCAAUGAUGGGAUCCGAUUUGUCAAGUCUAUCUCUGAGCUCCGAACAUCCUUGGGAAAAGGAAGAGCAUUUAUUCGCUACUCCUUGGUGCACCAGAGGUUGGCAGACACCUUACAGCAGUGCUUCAUGAACACCAAAGUGACCAGUGACUGGUACUAUGCAAGAAGCCCCUUUCUGCAGCCAAAGCUGAGCUCGGACAUUGUGGGUCAACUGUAUGAGCUGACUGAGGUUCAAUUUGACCUGGCAUCGAGGGGCUAUGACUUGGAUGCCGCCUGGCCAACAUUUGCCAGGAGGACGCUAGCCACUGGCUCUUCUGCUUACCUAUGGAAACCCCCUAGCCGCAGCUCCAGCAUGAGCAGUUUGAUGAGCACCUACCUGCAGACUCAAGAGAUGGCAUCCAAUUUUGACCUUAACAGUCCCCUAAACAAUGAGGCAUUGGAGGGCUUUGAUGAGAUGCGACUAGAGCUGGACCAGUUGGAGGUGCGAGAAAAGCAGCUGCAGGAGCGCAUGCAGCAGCUGGACAGAGAGAACCAGGAGCUGAGGGCAGCUGUCAGCCUGCAAGGGGAGCAACUGCAGACAGAGAGGGAGAGGGGGCGCACUGCAGCAGAGGACAACAUUCGCCUCACUUGCUUGGUGGCUGAGCUCCAGAAGCAGAGGGAGGUCACCCAGGCCACCCAGAACACUGUGAAGGAGCUGCAGACGUGCCUGCAGGCCCUGGAGCUAGGAGCAGCAGAAAAGGAGGAGGACUACCACACAGCCCUGCGGCAGCUGGAGUCCCUGCUGCAGCCCUUGGCACAGGAACUUGAGGCCACACGGGAGUCACUGGGCAAGAGGAACCAGCAUUUAGCCAGCAUCCCAGACUGGCUGGCUAUGGCUCAGCAGAAGGCUGAUGCGGCACCAGACACAAAGGGCCAGCAAGAACACAUUCCCAGCAAUGCGGCUCGGGAGAUCCAGGAGCUACAAGAGAAGCUUCGAGCCCUGGAAAGGGAGAGAACCAAGGUUGAGGAGGUCAACAGGCAGCAGAGCGCCCAGCUGGAGCAGCUGGCCAAGGAGCUGCAGCUGAAGGAGGACGCCCAGGCCAACCUGGAGCACCUGGUGAAGGAGGUGGCUCCACUCCAGGAGGAGUUGUCUGGAAAGGGGCAGGAGGCAGACCAGCUCUGGCGACGGCUACAGGAGUUGCUGGCCCACUCGAGCUCCCAGGAGGAGGAGCUAGCAGAGUUGAGACGGGAGAAGAAACAGCAACAGGAGGAGAAGGAGCUGCUGGAGCAGGAGGUAACAUCUCUGACCCGGCAGCUGCAGUUCCUGGAGACCCAGCUGGCACAGGUGAACCAACAUGUGAGUGACCUGGAGGAACAGAAGAAGCAGCUCAUCCAGGACAAAGACCACCUCAGCCAGAAGGUGGGUGCGCUGGAGCGGUUUGCUGGGCAGCCCGGCCCAGAACUGCCAGUGGCAGAUGAGAAGAAUGAGAACCUGGUCCCUGUGAACUCCCCUCUGCAAGUGGCCUGUGGGAAGCCAGAGGAGGAGCAGAGGAGCCUGCCGGGGGCGCAGUUAGACGAUACCAAGGGGCAGGAGGGCAGCCAGGAGGAAGAGCUCCGGCAGGCCAAUAGGGAGCUGGAGAAGGAGCUACAGAAUGUGGUUGGGCGUAACCAGCUCCUGGAGGGCAAGCUGCAGGCCCUGCAGGCCGAUUACCAGGCUUUGCAGCAGCGGGAAGCAGCCAUCCAGGGCUCCUUGGCCUCCCUGGAGGCGGAGCAGGCCAGCAUCCGGCACUUGGGCGAGCAGAUGGAGGCGAGCUUGCUGGCUGUAACUAAGGCCAAGAAGGCCAUGAAAGCCCAGGUGGCAGAGAAGGAAGCCACUCUGCAGAGCAAGGAGGGUGAGUGCCAGCAGCUGCGGGAGGAGGUGGAGCAGUGCCGGCAACUGGCAGAGGCCCGGCACAGAGAGCUUAGGGCUCUCAAGAGCCAGUGCCACCAGCAGACCCAGCUGAUCGAGGUCCUUACAGCAGAGAAAGGCCAACAGGGAGUUAGCCCACGCCCCGACAGUGAAGCUCGUGAGCUGGCUGCGCAGCUGGCUGUGUCUCAGGCGCAGCUGGAAGUCCAUCAGGAGGAGGCCCAGCGGCUGCAGGCUCAGGUGGUGGACCUGCAGGCUAAGAUGCGGGCAGCUCUGGAUGACCGGGACAAGGUGCAGAGCCAGCUGAGCAUGGCUGAGUCAGUCCUGAGCGAGCACAAGACCCUUGUGCAGCAGCUAAAGGAACAGAAUGAAGCCCUCAACAGGGCCCAUGUCCAGGAGCUGCUGCAGUGCUCAGAGCGUGAAGGGAUGCUGCAGGAGGAGAGGGCCGGUGAGGCCCAGCAGAGGGAGGAGGAGCUGCGGGCCCUGCAGCAGGAGCUGUCCCAGGCCAAAUGCAGCUCCGAGGAAGCACAGCUGGAGCAUGCUGAGCUCCAGGAGCAGCUGCACCGGGCCAACACAGACACAGCCGAGCUGGGCAUCCAGGUUUGUGCACUGACCAUGGAAAAGGAGCGGGUGGAGGAGGCGCUGGCCAGUGCUGUCCAGGAGCUCCGGGACUCCAAAGAGGCAGCCUCAAGGGAGCGAGAGGGCCUGGAGCACCAAGUAGCUGGGCUGCAGCAAGAGAAGGAGAGCUUGCAGGAGAAGCUGAAGGCGGCCAAGACAGCAGCCAGCUUACUGCCUGGCCUGCAGGCCCAGCUCGCCCAGGCCGAGCAGCGGGCCCAGAGCCUCCAGGAGGCUGCACACCAGGAGCUCGACACCCUCAAGUUCCAGCUGAGUGCUGAAAUCAUGGACUACCAGAGCAGACUUAAGAAUGCUGGCGAAGAGUGCAGGAACCUCAGAGGCCAGCUUGAGGAGCAAGGCCGGCAACUGCAGGCUGCCGAGGAAGCUGUGGGGAAGCUGAAGGCCACCCAAGCAGACAUGGGAGAGAAGCUGAGCUGCACCAGCAACCACCUUGCACAGUGCCAGGCGGCCAUGCUGAGGAAGGACCAGGAGGGGGCUGCCCUGCGUGAAGACCUAGAAAGGACCCAGAAGGAACUCAAAAAAGCUUCAAUAAAAAUACAAGAGUAUUACAACAAACUCUGCCAGGAGGUGACAGACCGCGAGAGGAAUGACCAGAAGAUGCUCGCUGACCUGGAUGACCUCAACAGAACCAAGAAGUAUCUCGAGGAGCGGCUGAUAGAGUUGCUCAGGGACAAGGAUGCUCUCUGGCAGAAGUCAGAUGCCCUGGAAUUCCAGCAGAAGCUCAGUGCUGAGGAGAGGUGGCUCGGGGACACAGAGGCAAACCACUGCCUCGACUGCAAGCGGGAGUUCAGCUGGAUGGUGCGGCGGCACCACUGUAGGAUAUGUGGCCGCAUCUUCUGUUACUACUGCUGCAACAACUACGUCCUGACCAAGCACAGUGGCAAAAAGGAGCGCUGCUGCCGAGCCUGUUUCCAGAAGCUCAGUGAAGACCCUGGCUCCCCUGAUAGCACUGGCUCAGGCACUAGCCAGGGAGAGCCCAGCCCUGCACUAUCACCAACCUCAGCUGGGCCCCAGGCCACAGGGCACCAAGGAGCAAACACAGACUACAGGCCACCGGACGAUGCUGUGUUUGAUAUCAUCACAGAUGAGGAAUUGUGCCAGAUACAGGAGUCCGGCUCCUCCUUGCCUGAGACACCCACUGAAACUGAUUCUCUUGACCCAAAUGUGGCUGAACAGGACACUACAUCAACCUCGCUAACUCCUGAGGACACUGAAGACAUGCCCGUGGGGCAGGAUGCGGAAAUCUGCCUGCUGAAGUCUGGAGAACUAAUGAUCAAGGUACCCCUCACAGUGGAAGAGAUCGCGAGCUUCGGGGAGGGCAGCAGGGAGCUGUUUGUGAGGUCCAGCACCUACAGCCUGAUCCCCAUCACUGUGACCGAGGCAGGCCUCACCAUCAGCUGGGUCUUCUCCUCCGACCCCAAGAGCAUCUCCUUCAGCGUGGUCUUCCAGGAGGCCGAGGACACACCACUGGAUGAGUGUAAGGUCCUCAUUCCUACGACCCGAUGCAACUCCCACAAGGAGAACAUCCAGGGCCAGCUCAAGGUUCGCACGCCUGGUAUCUACAUGCUCAUCUUUGACAACACCUUCUCAAGGUUUGUCUCUAAAAAGGUAUUGUAUCACUUGACGGUUGAUCGGCCUGUGAUCUACGAUGGAAGUGAUUUCCUGUAGCUUCAGCACCUCAGUAGCUUCACUUCUUCCACAGGAAACACUACUCUUCCUCACCUGUCACAUAAAGCAUUUUUUUUACAAAGUCAGCUGCUCCAAACUCAUCAACUCUGCCCCUCUGGAAGAGAGGCCCCUGGGCUGCCCCUCAGAGGUGGUGUCUGGGAAGCACUUUGUGCUCAGCAUGAUGCACCAGUCACUCUUAGCCCCCGAUGCUUUGAAGGGCUCAGGCAGUGUUUCCGUUAAGUAGUAGAUCUCUAUCCAGCUGUUCUCAUGAACAUCCAAAGGGAUGCUCUGCCAAAGGCUUAAAUACCCAGGAGACCAUCGGCCUCUCCUGGGAGCACAGUUGGCUCCAGGCCUCCUGUGGAGGGUUUCACAGGCAGAAGUGAUCCCAACUUCUGCCUGUGGAGAGACUUUCUACCCUGCCCCACCAGGGCCCUGCAUCUUGGAGACCUGAGCUCGUUGCCCUGACCAUGCCCUGUGAGUCCUCAGGCUAUGAGGCCCUCAGGUACUCCCAGGAAAAGGAAACACACGCCAUCAUGCAAGUCAGGGUGCCAGGGCACUCUCCUGAGAUCUGGACCAGCCUCCUCUGGUCACGCUCCUGUCCCUCAGUGCCCCAGUAAGCUGGGGGCUGCUCCAGAACUCAGCAGUGUUGAAAGGGCCUCUAAGCUGCACUCUCUUCCUGGCCCUUUUGUCUGGGUGAUUCUGUCCUCAAGUAAAGCCCUUCACUCAGCCAGGCCUCUCCACAGCUCAAAACACUGCCCUAAGAAUCAGAAGUAAAGAUAAUCCAAGAACAAAACCCACCAUACUGAGGGUCUGCAGUGGCUGUGUGUUCACUACGUCUAAUGUCCGAAUGCCAGCCAGUGUGGAUGCCGUGAUCACAGAGCAGAAUCGUGCAUUGGCUUUAGGGCUGCUCCUCAGCUGAUGGCCCACUUUUGUUUAUAUAAAUAAGAGCUUUGGCCAGGUGCGGUGGCUCAUGCUCGUAAUCCCAGCACUUUGGGAGGCCAAGGUGGGUGGAUCACGAGGUCAGGAGUUCGAGACCUCAGACAGCCUGACCAUCAUGGCAAAACCCCGUCUCUACUAAAAUUACAAAAAUUAGCCGAUGUGGUGGUGGGCACCUGUAAUCCCAGCUACUCAGGAGGCUGAGGCAAGAGAAUCAUUUGAACCUGGGAGGUGGAGGUUGCAGUGAGCCAAGAUCAUGCCAAUGCACUCCAGCUUGGGUGACAAGAACGACUCCAUCUCAAAAAAUAAAUUAAAAAUAAGUAAGAGCUUCUGCCCCACCUGCAGACGUGUUUACUAAUAAUCAUAGCCAGGGUUAGAACCACUGUCAAACAUUAGGGCCUUCUUAACAAAAGUCUUUGGUAACUUAAGAACCAAAGUAACAGAGUAAGCAGAGGCAUGAUGCAUCCCUAGCCCCACUCCCCACCUGACAGGUUCCCCUACAGCCUAUUUGCCCACUUCCUGCUGCUCAGCUCACACCUGAUCUCCAGGACACAUCCCCGCUUGAAGCAGAGGGAUCCCUGUUCCCGCACAAGAAUUAGUUAAUCUUCCUGUUCUCUGUGGUCCUUUUCUUCCCCCAUGACAGAGAGCUCACCUUGGACAGCUCUUCAUUCCCUGUUCACAGAACCAGCUACCUGCAGUCAGGCCCCAGGUUCUUCCACGGGUAAUCAGAGCAUCUGACAAAAGGUCCCACUUUGGCCAGGGGUGAGGGAGAGAACACUGAACAGGCUAUCUGAGAAUCUGGGAGCUGGGCCCAGCAAUUCCUCCCGCUAGCCUUGUGACCCAAGUACAGUCACACACUUCCUACAAACUUUGUCAUAACCCUGGUCUGGCUGGUUUUGAGGGCUUGAGAAUGGGUCAGGGACUCCAGGUGAAGUCCAGCAGAGACCCCAAACCCACCGCACACCAGCAGCCACAGCCUCACCACCAGCAAAGAGGACUCUUGUGGGGCCACAAGUAAGAGGUAAUUUCUGGAAUGGACUCAGACCUUUAAACAGGAGAGUUGGGCACUUCCAGUCAGUUUAAGCAGGUCACGGGGAAUGGAGAAUAGAACCUUUCAAAGAGGUUGCCUAGAGAAGAGCUGGGCCUCUUGCAUUUGGCUUCCUUGGAACAGCCUCUUCUGGCAGAAAGCCUUCAGGUGCUCAAUCAUCUUCCCCUGACCAAGGCUUUGACCAUACUCAGUAUUGGAAUAAAAAUGGCCGGGUCCCCAGCGACUCUUCUUGGCCUCACAUUUGUUCUCAUAGACAUGACACAUGGCCUGAGAUAAUUCAUAGUGAAUUGUGCUAACUUUGAAUUCAUCCAGCCUCUUGCAAAGGAUAAUCAGAAGUCAGCUCGUUCACUGUAAGAAAGAAACUAACGAAAGAGAACCCAGAGCAAUCUAGAAUCUUUGAGUGCUUAGCUUUCUGAGAAUACUGCGGAGAUUCUGGCCAAGCUGAUAACCUUCUGAAGUGUCACUGGCACCAUAUGCAACAAGAACCACCAUUCAUUGAGUAGCUAAUGGGUUUGGGGCCCGGGACGUUCCAUCUGAGGUCCUUUCCGAAUAUCUGUCACUCAUCACAGCAGAGGACCAGUUGCAGCUUACCUAGACCACUCCUCCAGGAGAGCUGGGCCUCUUGUGCACACCACCUCCAGUGCUGACUGCUGUUGUUCAAAAAAAGCCUUUGCUGCAUUCGGAGGACUGCCCCGUGCCCCGAGGUGACUUCUUAACUAUGUGGUUUCAUUAGCAAAUUUAUGUUUUGUGCUGGGUGGACAUUUGUAUUUUAUUAGGUUGCUAUUCAAGCUCAAGUUUGCUGUGCUCUCUGCAGCUACAGAACAUCUUGGCAUAUUUAAGAGUGGCUUUUAUAAAUAGCUUUAUUCUGAUUUUAAUCAGGUUCCCAGCUUUACUAAGGUUUAAGGACUGGGGUACUUUGUUAAAAAAUGCAAAUAACAAUUGAAGAACCACUGCUGCAGGUGGUAGCCCUGGCUAGACUGAAUUACACUAGAAAUCGGCAAGAAGGAAGCAUCCUUGGGAUCCCAGAUCACUCUUAAAAAAAAAAAAAAGGCAGCCUCCUGAUGGCCCAUCUCUCUGAAUAACAGUCACAUCUUAGUGUCGAUACCAGAUGCCUUCUUCAUCACUGCCACUGAAGCCACCUUCAAGAACAUGCCAGCCUCUGUCAGACACACUUAUCCACAAACAAGGAAGCACGUUUGGCACAAAGCAUUGUCUUCCAGGUCCAAGUGGACUCUACAUAGUGCUUCUGACUUCAGCACACUGGACUCCAGGUGGACUGGACCAAGAGCAGGCAAAGACACUGGAACCGAAAAACUCCACAGGAUUUGGAAGAUAGAAAUGAAAAGCCAAAUCAUCUAACUCAAGAAUAAGUGGUGUUUUAGAAAUUUUAAAAUUACCAUCUAAGGUGGUAAAACUAUUCCAGGCCCAAAUGAAAGGAAUCCCCAUUUGAGGAUGAAGUCACAGAGCCUGUGUUUUAUGAUAUGGUUGGAUGUCCACUGAUAAAAUUUUAAAGGAGUUUCAUAUUUUAACGUGCACCUUGGUGAUUCUACAUGUGAGAAUUCUUUAGACCAAGAAACUGUCCGUGGCUUAGAGGUGUUGGGAAUUAAAGCAGAGAGAAGGCGUGCUUAGAACCAAGGAUGGUCAUGUACACAAAGACAGCCAUUCGUGUUUACAAAACAUUGACCGAGAAAGCACUUUGCAGGGGAACCCUGUAAGUUCUUCUCAUUUCAUUACAUUUCUUCCAAGGAAACAGGAGAGACCGAAUUAAUAAUUCUCUCUUUGCUCUUAAGCACUUUUUAAAUAAUAAAGUAUAUCUUGAACUUUUAGGAGGCAUCUCUGAUUUAAAAAAACGGCUGCUUGACAUAUGUUAUCCAGAGACACUCUGCCUCCGGUGGCUGCACAGCAACACCCAAGCCUUAUUUGAAAGGCUUAACAUUUGGAAUUGCACUUUAAUUGAUUAAUCCUCAAUUCAUGUGGCCUUACAGGAUGGCGGGUCUGGGACCCCAAUUCAUUCUUAUCUGCCAAAGAAUUUAUCUAGAAGCACAUCAAGUACCAGCACCCCACCUGCACAGUGGGGGUGGAAAACUUUUGUAUCCCCAAGCAUAUUAUUUUAUAGUGUUUGCCAUGCCAUGUGGAAAUAAUAUAUUUUUUAACCUCAGGAUUUAAAUAAAGUAAACACUAUGACAUUUA